AUGACUCGCCUUGAAGCUCGAGAGCACAUUAUUGCAAAGAUCAACAAACAACAAGAGGAAAUAGCACAUCCUGCAAUGCAGCAGGCACCAUGCAAGUGCACAUCUCCUGCCUUGCACUACCACAUUUCAAAAUAUGCAAGAAUCUCUUAUGACAUUACCGCAUGGCUUAGCAAACUCACAGGAGAUCCGGCACUGAAGGACUUCAUACCGCGCCUCAAAGACCAUCUGUUGGGCCGAAUUCAUGGCAUUGAUUAUGCAGGGGACGAGCAGGAAUUCUCCGAUGACGACAGGAGCCAGGUCGUUCUCGCUAAUAACCAGCUUUGUGAACACAGCAUCUUACGGAUCAACUACACCACUUACGACCUUCGGAGAGAACAAGACUUGAUUAAUCCACACACUCAUGCUGACAUUAUGGUAUUGUCACACGAGAACGACGACGAUCGACACCCAUACUGGUAUGCUUGGGUGGUCAAGAUUUUCCAUGUGAAUGUGUGGUACUACGGUCCAGGAAGUACUAACACACAAAGACCAACACGCAUGGACAUAGUUUUCGUGCAUUGGUUCGGUCGUGACACUUCAUUCAAAGCUGCUUCAGCUUUGUGGAUCCAGACCAAGUGA